UCAAAGCUUAAAGGGAAGAGCCUCUGACACAGGCCGGAGACGCCUCCGCGCUCCGGCUGUGUUACAGAGGCGCGUAAAUAUGCUGGUGGCAGAUGAAAACGAAGGGGUGGGAAUCGGGAAGCUUCGCCCCUGAUGCACGACCUUUUGUGGAUCUCUUCAUUUCGAAAACCUCUUUACAGCAUUGGUGUUUCACAGAGACGUCAUGAAACUGCGUUCAGUCGUGUGUAGCCUGAAUUUAGUGAACAGACAAAACAGUGGCGAUACAGAGAUUAAAUUCUCUUUAAUUUUUAAAUGCUGUAUUGCUGUAGCAGCAUUGAGCAGCAGUGUUGCUGUAGUGGUGAGAUCACAGUCGCAAUAUGGUUAUGCGCACAUCUUUUUAUUGCUUAAAAAGGGUCUGUGACUUAUUCGACUUAUUUUUUUCCAGUCCUAGCUUUUGUCUGAUAACAGUCGUUGAGGUGCUAGAGCAAUUCCUGCAGAAGGGACGCCUUUCGGCUCUGAUGUGGGAGGUCUGUCAGCAACAAGCGCAGGCUGGCUCGCCUGAGUUACAGGAGACCCUGCUCAGCAGGAUUGUGUGUUUGCCUGAUCACGUGAGCAAUAAGCUGCAGGGGAAAAACCCACCGGUGUUCUUCCCGCAGAACUACUUUCCUCUGCUGGGCGAUGCGAUUAUCCAGGUGCUGCAGAAGAUCUCUGAUUCUCUAAGAGAUGGCUUGGAUUGCUCAAUCACUUUUGUGUCUCAUGUUCUGGGGAAGGUAUGCGUUCAUGGAAGACAGAAAGAAAUUCUGAGCGUUUUGGUGCCUCGCCUAACAGACCUCACCAAGUCAGACUGCAUCUGGCAAAGGAUAUGCUGGCGAUUGGUCGAAUGCGUGCCAGACCGCUGGAUGGAAGCAGUGGUCCUUGGUUUUGUUCAGAGAGCAUCAGGGGCAGAUGUCUUGUCUAGAUUGCUGGGGAACCUGGUUGUGAAAAACAAGAAAGCUCAGUUUGUGGUGACUCAGAAGCUGCUGCUCCUGCAGUAUGGCUACACGACUGGAGUGCUACAGAACAUCCUCGGCUACUUAUCCCUGGACAGCCUUCGACGUGCCUUAUUGAUCAAAGUGCUGCAAGAACUCUUGGAGACCUGGGGCAGCAGCAGUGCUGUGAAGCACUCUCCAGCUGAGCAGCAGCAAUAUAUUAGCAAGGCCAUUCUUAUCUGCCUCUCCCACCUGAAGGACUCUGAAAUAGAAAGCUGCAGACAAGAGCUUCUCACAAGCAUGAUGGCCGGUGUAAAAUGCCACCUGGACAGCAGUCUGCCACAGAUACGGCGUCUGGGAAUGAUUGUGGCGGAGAGCAUUAGUUUGAAGAUAAACACUGAUGGGCCUGUCCUGAAAUUUCAAUAUGAAGAAGACAAUGAAACGAGAGAACUGAAGUCCCUUCUGAUACAGACUCCACCAUGCUGUGUUGUCCCCAGCCUUCCAGGCGAUGACAGGAAUGAAAGAGCAGAUGCUACACUGCUGGCGGUAUUGGAAAGUAAUGAGAAACCACAUACAGCAGCCCAUGCGACACCAGAUGAGGAGUCGGAUGCUGAGCUUGACAGUGAUGAUGACCUCAUCCCUUAUGACAUGUCAGAGGAUAAAGAAUUAAAGACGACUAAGGCCCCUGUAUAUAUUCGAGACUGUAUUGAAGUCCUGACAGGAUCUGAAGAUGUGGACAAAUGGGACGCUACAAUCAAGGCUCUUGAGAGCUUGGUUCGAAAGAAUCCAGCAGCAACAAAAGAGGUUAGCGUGGAACUGGCGAAAAUACUACUGCAUCUGGAAGAGAAGACCUGUAUUGAAGGCUUUGCAGACCUCCGUCAGAGAGCCCAAGUAGCUGUUUUAACCACUGAUCCAAUACCUGUAGCACAGUACCUGACCUCGCAGUUCUACUCCCUGAACUACAGUCUUCGUCAGCGCGUGGACAUUCUUGAUGUAUUGGUUGUGGCAGCUCAGGAAAUGUCUCAUCCCAAAGUCCGUGGGAAGAACAAGCAUUCCAGUGCUCAGAAACCUUGUAUCCAGCUCCUUCCUGGAAGUGACAGCUCUAAGGACUGGAGAAGGAUUGUUGAUGACAGGAUCAAAAGCAAGACCCGGAGGUUUGCUAAGGGUCAAUCUCAAGUGGAACAGGAUUCUGGCCCAAAUGAGUUCAAUUCUAUUGCUGGGCACUUCUUCUUCCCAUUGAUCCAGAACUUUGACAGGCCUUUGUCAACCUUUGAUCUACUGGGAGAAGAUCACUUUGUGCUUGGAAGACUGGUGCACACUUUAGCAAUCCUGAUGUACUUGGCUGUCAACGCUAUGGCAGUCACCACAAUGGGGAAGGCACUGCUGGAGUUUGUUUGGGCUCUGCGUUUCCACACUGACUCGUAUGUGCGCCAGGGUCUCUUGUCCUGUAUCUCCUCCAUGCUCCUCAGU